AUGGACGCAAUACUGAAUUACCGUUUGGAAGAUACUGAAGAUUAUUACACGUUACUGGGAUGCGAUGAACUGUCUUCGGUUGAGCAGAUCCUGGCAGAAUUUAAGAUCAGAGCCCUGGAAUGUCACCCUGACAAGCAUCCUGGAAACUCCAAAGCUGUGGAGACUUUCCAGAAACUGCAGAAGGCAAAGGAGGUUCUGACCAAUGAAGAGAAACGAGCCCGCUAUGACCACUGGCGAAGGAGCCAGGUGUCGAUGCCCUUCCAGCAGUGGGAAGCUUUGAGUGACUCUGUGAAAACGUCAAUGCACUGGGCUGUCAGAGGUAAAAAAGACCUCAUGCUGGAAGAAGCUGAUGAAACUCAUACCAACAAGAUUGAAAAUGAGGACCAGGAUGAGCAAAGAGAAAGAAACAAAGAGGUGAUGGGUUCAACCAGAGAGAAAACAGAGCAAAAAGAAUCCGAGUCCCUGGAGAAGUCACUCUCCCCACAGAAUGCAGAUUCUCCAGGUUUUUCAGAUGUGAACUCUUGGCACCUUCAUUUCCGCUGGUCUGGAGAUGCUCCCUCAGAACUCCUGAGGAAGUUUAGAAACUAUGAAAUAUGA